AUACUGGGUACAUGCAAAUUAACCAAUUGCUCCUCUAAAGAAUUUACUAACAAAGAACUGUAAUGCUUAGCAAGAAAGAAAAAGCUAUCGAAGAAGGUGCCAAACGAACCCAGGCAGCGGUGUUGAGGGAACUCAAGGAAGUCCUUUCCGAUGGUUUCCAAAGACCUAAGAAAAGCGGAAUACCAAAGAAAAAAGAAACGUCUACAACAACAACGACAACAAAUAAUAAAUUCAAAAUGCUUGAAAAUCAUCCUCCACCAAAUGAAAGCAAUAUUGAAAGCAAUGUUACCACAGUGUCAGCGACGACUAUUAAAGUUCCACCGAUAUUUCUGCGUGAUUUUUCAAAUUACUUCGACGAAUUAGCCAUUAUAAAGAAUGAAGUUACCUCAAAAUUUCAAAUUAAACUUCUGGGCAAACAAAUUUGUAUCCAACUCGAUUCAAUUGAAGACUUCAGAAACCUCACCAGAACCUUUGAUCAAAAAAAUCGCAAAUACUUCACAUUCCAGAAUCCGCAAAAUAAAAAACUGAAUGUAAUAAUAAAAGGUUUACCAACGUCAAUCAACGAAGUAGAUAUUCUGAAAGAACUGGAAAACCUCUCUAUUCCAGUACUUAAAAUAAAAAGACUAAGAAGAAAAUGAACAGCCGAUACCUGUCUGUGAAGUAUUGAUCUUGGAUACUGACAUCGGACAAAAAAUCUUCAAGAUAUCAUCACUAUUUCAUGUAAUCGUCAAAAUCGAAAAGAAACGAGUAAUUCCUCAGUGCUACAACUGCCAAGCUUUUGGCCACACUAAAAAUUAUUGCAAGUUGAAUCCACGAUGCAUCAAAUGUGCAGAAGCUCAUUUAAGCACAGAAUGUACUUCUAAUGUAGACUCUGCAACAUGCGCUAAUUGUGAUGGAUCUCAUCCAGCUAACUACCGUGGAUGUGUAAAAUAUCAAUCAUUCAAAGAUAGAAAAAUACCUGCAGCAGCUAACCAUACACCUCCUGAAGUAAUUUCAGUUCCUCAAGCUAGCAUAAGGACUUCAACCAAUCUUUGUAAGAGUUACAGUUCAGUUGUUAAAGCAUCCAACUCUUUACAACCAAAUAACAGUGAUAUACUUACAACUAUUCGAGAUUUGGUUCUCAUGCUUUCUCCGUUAUUGGAACAACUGCUAAAACUACUCACUAAUCUCAGUAACAAUAACAAUGGAAUCUAAUUCAUCCGCACCUACAAAAUUAAAAAUCCUGAACUGGAAUUCAAAUGGAUUGAAGACUCAUCUCUUGGAACUCCGCCUAUUCCUGCAGAACCAUAACAUUGAUAUAGCAUGCAUAACUGAAACCCACCUGGAUGAACGCGACGUAAUCAAACUACCAGGUUACAAAAUAUACAGAAAAGAUAACAAAUCCAUCAAAGCAUCAGGCGGCGUAGCCUUACUCGUAAAAAAUGUCAUUAAGCACCAUGAAUAUCCUCUACCAACAUUGAAAAACCUGGAUGCUGUUUGCAUUGAAGUCUAUAAACACCAUGGUGGUAGUAUGAAAAUCGUCUCCGCAUACAACUGUCCUAAAAACAAAAUAUUAGUAGAAGAUCUUGUUAGCGGAUAUCUCUCUCUCUCUCUCUUACACCCGACCUUGCUCCAUGAUACCUUAGGAACUACCACUAGAACGGAACUCCCUGGAACUACCCCUGGAAUGCUACAGCUGCCACCUUGCUUCCUAGCCUGGUGCCUGCGAUUACAACGUAUGUGUACUAUGUGCUUUAAAGGUGUAACAGUGUAAUUGCUUAAGUCCCCGUGACAUUAAUGCAUUAAUGACUUACUUAAUGUGGUUUUUUUUCUCUGUUUUUAUAUUUUUUUAAAAGAAAAAUCGUACAUUCGAUAACGUACAGUCGUUAAUUAAUAAAAAGUGAAAAAUUGUAAAAUUCUCGUUGAAUAAAAACCGUUAAAAUGCCGAACACGCGGUCCGGAGGUGCAGGUGCAGCAAAUAAUGAAAAAAAUGAUCAGCCAGUUCAACCACCGCCAAAUGCAACGCCUAUAAUGUCAGAAGAACAAAUUCGUCAGAUGGUUACAGGUCAAUUUUCUACUCUCGUGUCAUUAAUUCAAUCGGGUAAAUUAGUACUACCAAAUGUUACUAAUACUAAUACUGAAGAGAGCAGGCUGGCGGAGCUGGACAAGGCCUACCGCACGCCUCCGUUUAUUAUUCCAUCAUUCCAUGAAUCGGAGAAAUUACAGGGCUACAAGAAUUUUAAAUCCUGGAAAAUUAAAUUAGAAUUGAGCCUGGAAGCAUUAAUGCUUCUUCCGUUCAUUAAAACUGAUGGUGGACAGGCUGUGAAUAUCUCACAGGGUAGGCGCGACGUGUUAAACGCUCAAACUUUGCAAGUAUUGCAAGCUUCACUCUCUCGUUCCAACACAUACCUCAUCCAGAAUUUGAAAUCGGCAUGCGAUGCCUUCAACUUACUGAGUAAAACUUACUCUACCACUCGUAUGAGGGAUUAUGUACAGCUGAACAAUCGCCUUGCCAGAGUCUAUUUUAAACCUGGAUAUGACCCAGUACGUUUUGCUACGGACUUCGAGAACUGCAUUGAAGAUUUCACUCAAAUGGGCACUACUUUUAAUCAGGAGUUUAUUACCUCGAUGUUUCUCAACAAGAUUAGUGGUAUAUACGAUCCAAAAACAAUUUACUUUUCUUUUUAUAAUAACAUCGCCUCGCUCACGGACAUGCCAGAGUUCCAAACUGUUAAGGAUGGUUUCUUGCAAUUAGAACACAAAUCAAUACCUCGCCAACCUCUUGCUAAACCUUCAGACGAUAAAGAUAAAAGAAAAAGAUCCUCGAACGAUUCGUCCGGUGCUCCCUCUACUAAGAGGCACACUGACGACAAGAGAAAUACUGGUUCAGUGCAACCUCCGCCUAAGAGAAAAUACACAGAUGAGCAAAUACUAAAACUGAAAUCCAUGAGCCCAGAUGAGAAAAGAGCUGUACAAUGCUCAAAAUGCAGCGAAUACUUCCACACAGCUGAGACAUGUGUCAAUCCUGGACGUCUGUGUUUCAACUGCCACGGCUACGGGCAUGAAGCAAAAGAUUGUUCCAAACCCCCUCGUAAAAAUGACAAGAGAAACGAAAAGUGACCUUGCUAAAAGUCCGAGCAGACGUUUUCAAACUGGAAGCGCAUAUUUUAUCAGAUGAUUUAGAUGAUACUUGUAAUAAUUCUAAAAAUGUUGUUACAAAAAAUGACAAUAAAAUUAAUCGAAAUAAAUUAAGAGCACGUAGACGAUUAUUAACUCCACAGCAAAUUGAGAAAUUGAAACUUCAAGGUAUUAUUUGGCACAAAAGAAUGGGCCAUAUCUCAAGUGAUUAUAUGCAUAAAUUAAAAGGUGUAACUGAUGGUGUAGACGAUCUUAUUGCUACUACCACUAUAAAUGACUGUCAGGUUUGUGCAAAGUCCAAACUGACGAGAAAAGUAUUUUCAAAAGAUAGGGAAAGAGCAAAAAGAGUAGGAGAAAUUCUGCAUGCUGA